AUGGAGGGGCAGACCGUGAGGGGUCCCGAGCUCCGCCUGGCGGGCCUUCCCGCCCAGCAGGAUUGCAGCAUUCAAGAAAAAAUAGAUUUAGAAAUUCGAAUGCGAGAAGGAAUAUGGAAGCUCCUUUCUCUGAGCACUCAGAAAGACCAGAUCUUGCGUGCAGUUAAGAAUCUCAUGGUAUGCAAUGCUCGAAUAAUGGCUUACACAUCGGAGCUACAAAAAUUAGAAGAACAGGUUGCAAAUCAAACUGGAAGAUGUGAUGUGAAUUUUGACAGUAAAGAACGGACAGCAUGUAAAGGAAAGAUUGCCAUAUCAGAUAUUCGUAUACCACUAAUGUGGAAAGACUCUGAUCACUUCAGCAAUAAGGAACGAUCACAGCAGUAUGCCAUUUUCUGUUUAUUCAAAAUGGGAGCUGAAGUUUUUGAUACUGACAUGGUGAUUGUGGAUAAAACAAUCACAGAUCUAUGUUUUGAAAAUGUAACUAUAUUUAAUGAAGGAGGGCCAGACUUUCAGAUAAAGGUGGAGGUAUAUAGCUGCUGUACAGAAGAAUCUUCUAUAACCAACACACCAAAAAAACUAGCUAAGAAACUGAAGACUUCUAUAAGUAAAGCUACAGGGAAGAAAAUAAAUUUGGUGAUUCAAGAAGAUCAUGAAACAUGCUCGUCUUACAGUUCUGCUAUUUUUGGUGCAAAGUAUAAUUUGCUGGCUCAUACUACUCUGACCUUGGAAAGUGCUGAGGAUAGUUUCAAGACCCAUAAUCUGUCUAUUAAUGGAAAUGAGGAGUCUUCAUUUUGGCUUCCCUUAUAUGGCAACAUGUGCUGCCGCCUAGUCGCCCAGCCAGCUUGUAUGGCUGAGGAUGCAUUUGCAGGAUUUCUUAAUCAGCAGCAAAUGGAAGAAAGCCUGAUUAGUUGGAGAAGGUUGUAUUGUGUUUUAAGAGGGGGUAAACUUUAUUGUUUUUACACUCCAGAAGAAAUUGAAGCUAAAGUGGAACCAGCUUUGGUAGUGUCCAUUAACAAGGAAACCAGAAUUCGGGCAAUGGAUAAGGAUGCCAAGAAAAAAAUUCAUAAUUUCUCUGUCAUCAACCCUGUUGCCGGACAGGCUGUAACUCAUAUUUUUGCAGUGGACAAUAGAGAAGAUCUUCAGAAAUGGAUGGAAGCCUUCUGGCAACAUUUCUUUGAUCUUAGCCAAUGGAAGCAUUGUUGUGAAGAACUUAUGAAAAUUGAGAUUAUGUCACCACGGAAACCACCUUUGUUCUUGACAAAAGAGGCGACCUCAGUCUACCAUGAUAUGAGCAUUGAUUCACCUGUAAAACUUGAAAGUUUAACUGAUGCAAUACAAAAAAAACUUGAAGAGACAAAUGGACAGUUUCUUAUUGGUCAGCAUGAAGAAUCCUCACCACCUCUUUGGGCCAGCCUCUUUGAUGGUAAUCAUCAAGUGGUUAUCCAGAAAAAGGUAUUAUCUCCUGCAAGCAAGCAGUUACAUGAUGGGAAAGGGAAAAAAAGACGCGCUCCCCUUCCUCCUUCUGAUAAAGCUCCACUCAGCUUAAAAACCCAGAGCAACACAGAUCAAUUGGUUAAGGACAACUGGGAGAAAAUAAGUGUGUCUUGGACCUCGCCUUUGGAUACCAAAUUAUCAACCCUAAUGCAUCACUUCCAGAAACCAAUGGCUGCUCCUCGAAAACUUCUUCCUGCCAGGAAAAAUCAUUUAAAUGAUGGUGAACACACAGACACUAAAACCAAUUUUGAAGCCAAGCCAGUGCCAGCUCCAAGGCAGAAAUCUAUCAAAGACAUUUUGGACCCUAGAUCAUGGUUGCAGGCACAAGUAUAGAAAACCUUAAUGUAUAAAGCAUUUAAUAAAAUCUAUAACUGUUAGGCUUAAUUCAGAAGCACUAGAGAUAUGGUAAUAUGUAAUUAUGUUGGUAAAUAUGAUAGUGAUUUACGUCAAUAAUUAAUAAGCUAUUAGGUAUUAAAAAUGCUUUAUAAUGAAGAAA